GUGCAAGAAUUUCUGAUACAACUUUAAUUAUUUGGAACAGAAUUACAGUAAUUUAUAGCUGCGCCGUCCAGUAUGGUAGCCAGUAGCCGUAUGUGCAAUUGAAAUAGGCUAGACCUAUUGAGGUGUGCUGUGAAUGUACAAUACACACCAGAUUUUGAAAACUUGGUACAAAAAGUAAAAUAUCGUGUUAAUGUAAAAUGACAGUAUUUUAGAUACAUUGUUUAAAUAGAAUAUUACCAUUAAUUCCACCUGUUUCUAUUUUUUUUAGCAUGACUGUUAGAAAAUGCAUCUAGGCUACACAGCAGGGUUGAAUCUGCAGAUGUGGAACCUACCACAGACACGUAGGGCCGACUAUUUACAAUAAUUGGCAUAUUAUUUUAAUAUCUCAGGAAUUCAGAAAUUAGAUGUUAGUAAUUACAGAGAAAUUAGAGAUAAUUAUUCUUUAUUGUAUAUCUAAGUUGAUUAUUUAUCUUUAUAACUGAAGUAGGUCGUGAGACCUAUUUUAAUUUGACAAUAUUCCUGCUUUCUUGGUCUGCUUAUCCCAAAGUUCUGAGUGCAUUUUGAGAUGUUACCUGAAAAUAUUGAUAUGUCUUAAAGUUGACUACCUUUGUAAUAUGAAAGAUUUUUUAAAGAAAUACAAUACCGAUAGUUACCAAGUUCCAGUAGGUCAAUUUAGGAAUUAAAGUUUUCAAAAACUUUUGAUCUCUUUUGUAUUUUCUGGACAGUUUGCGAACACUUCAAAGUCUUUUACCUUUUUGUAAUUUUUUUUAGUGACAAAGAUUCAUAUAUUAGAAAUGGGUAUGGGCUUUUAAAAAAUGAGUUAUGAACGUAUCAACAUUUGUAUUUCAGGUCUUUCUUAACGCCUUGAACAUGAGCCCCACACAGUGGGACUUCCCAGUGGAAUUAUGUUGUCGGCCUAUGGCCUUUGUUACUCUUACUGGCCUGGAUGUAGUUUAUAAUGCUGUCCAUCGAGCAGUCUGGGAUGCUUUCUGUGCCAAUCGGAGAGCUGAUCGGGUACCAAUUUCUUUCAAAGUGCUUCCAGGUGACCACGAGUAUCCCAAAUGUAGACCCAAGAGAACCUCCUAUGAGUGGUACAUUCCGAAGGGGAUCUUGAAGACGGGCUGGAUGAAUAAGCACCUGAACCUGGUGCCGGCCCUGGUGGUUGUGUUCUAUGAGCUGGACUGGGACGAGCCCCAGUGGAAGGAGAAGCAGUCCGAGUGCGCUACCAGAGUGGAGAUAGUCAGGCAGAGUUUACAAGGCAGAAACACAAAAGUGGCAGUGGUUCUAAUUCAGAAGAAAACCCCUUUGCCCCCAGGAGAGGAUGUUAUUGCUUCAGAAAGGGCUGCAGCUUUAUGUAAUGCAUGUGAACUCUCAGGAAAGUCUUUGUUUGUACUGCCCCACACUGACCACCUUGUGGGUUACAUUAUAAGAUUAGAAAACGCCUUUUAUGAACAUGCACAGACCUAUUACUACACAGAGAUCAGAAGAGUGAAAUCUCACAAAGAGUUUUUGAAUAAGACAACUCACCAGCUUUUAUUUGUUAGACAUCAGUUCAAAAUAGCUUUCUUCAGUGAGUUGAAACAAGAUACACAAAACGCGCUGAAGAAUUAUAGGACUGCCUAUAAUCUUGUACAUGAAUUGAGAGCUCAUGAAACUAACAUUCUGGAAAUUAAGACUAUGGCAGGAUUUAUCAACUAUAAGAUCUGUAGGUUGUGUUUUCAGCACAACACCCCAUUGGAUGCCAUUGCUCAGUUCCGAAAACACAUCGACUUGUGUAAGAAAAAAAUCGGAAGUGCGGAGUUGUCUUUUGAGCAUGCUGCAUGGAUGUCUAAACAAUUCCAGGCCUUUGGAGAUUUAUUUGAUGAAGCUAUUAAGUUAGGGUUGACAGCUAUUCAAACUCAGAAUCCUGGUUUCUAUUACCAGCAGGCAGCGUACUAUGCCCAGGAGCGGAAACAGCUCGCAAAGUCCCUCUGUAACCAUGAAGCUUCGGUAACAUAUCCUAGUCCUGAUCCCUUGGAAACACAGACAGGCACUCUCGACUUUUAUGGACAAAGACCAUGGCGACAAGGAGUGCUAAGCUUUGAUCUUUCUGAUCCUGAGAAAGAGAAGGUGGGAAUCCUUGCCAUUCAGCUGAAAGAGAGAAAUGUUGUUCACUCUGAAAUAAUAAUAACUCUCCUGAGCAACGCUGUUGCACAAUUUAAGAAGUAUAAGUGUCCAAGAAUGAAAAGUCAUCUAAUGGUUCAGAUGGGAGAGGAAUAUUACUAUGCAAAGGAUUAUACCAAAGCUUUGAAGCUGCUGGAUUAUGUGAUGUGUGAUUACCGGAGUGAAGGGUGGUGGACUCUGCUCACAUCUAUAUUGACCACAGCUCUCAAGUGUUCCUACCUCAUGGCCCAGUUAAAGGAUUACAUUACUUAUUCCCUGGAACUCCUUGGAAGAGCUUCAACUCUGAAAGAUGACCAGAAAUCUCGGAUAGAAAAGAACCUCAUAAAUGUUUUAAUGAAUGAAAGUCCUGAGCCUGAGCCUGACUGUGAUAGCGUAGCCGUGAAAACUGCUCAGAAGUUGUGGGCAGACCGGAUUUCCCUGGCCGGCAGCAACGUCUUCACAAUAGGAGUACAGGACUUCGUGCCAUUUGUACAAUGCAAAGCCAAGUUCCACGCCCCGAGUUUCCACGUUGAUGUUCCUGUGCAGUUUGAUAUUUAUCUUAAGGCUGAUUGUCCGCAUCCCAUUAGGUUCUCUAAGCUCUGUGUCAGCUUUAAUAAUCAGGAAUACAACCAGUUCUGUAUAAUCCAGGAAGCAUCCAAAGCAAGUGAAGUUUUAGAAAAUUUGACUCAGGGAAAGAUGUGCUUAGUUCCUGGUAAAACGAGGAAGUUUUUAUUUAAAUUUGUUGCAAAAACUGAAGAUGUGGGAAAGAAAAUUGAGAUCACCUCCGUGGAUCUUGUCCUGGGCCACGAGAACGGAAGGUGCGUGGUUUUAAACUGGCAGGGCGGAGGAGGAGAUGCCGCUUCAUCCCAGGAAGCCUUGCAGGCCUCGCGCUCUUUCAAGAGACGGCCCAGGCUCCCCGACAAUGAGGUCCACUGGGACAGUGUCCUCAUUCAGGCCAACACAAUGAUCAUUUCCAGAGUUCCAAACAUUUCGGUACAUCUGCGACAUGACCCUCCUGCCCUGACAAAUGAAAUGUAUUGUUUGGUUGUGACUGUUCAGUCCCACGAAAAGACCCAAAUCCGAGACGUGAAGCUCACCGCUGGUUUAAAACCCGGACAGGAUGCCAAUUUAACUCAGAAAACGCAGGUGACUCUCCACGGAACAGAAUUGUGCGACGAGUCCUGCCCGGCCUUGCUCACUGACAUUCCCGUUGGAGACCUCCGUCCAGGGGAGCAGCUGGAAAAAACGCUAUACGUCCGCUGUGGAACGGUGGGCUCCAGAAUGUUUCUUGUGUAUGUGUCUUACCUGAUCAACACUACUAUUGAAGACAAAGAAAUCGUUUGCAAGUGUCACAAGGAUGAAACUGUGACAAUAGAAACCGUCUUUCCAUUCGAUGUCUCAGUUAAAUUUGUUUCUACAAAGUUUGAGCACUUGGAAAGGGUCUAUGCUGACAUCCCCUUUCUGCUGAUGACAGACCUUUUAAGUGCCUCUCCCUGGGCCCUCACGAUUGUCUCCAGCUCGCUCCAGCUCGCUCCCUCUAUGACGUCCGUGGAUCAGCUGGAGUCCCAGGUGGACCAAGUUGUCUUGCAGACGGGAGAGAGCGCCAGCGAGUGCUUCUGUCUCCGGUGCCCGUCUGUGGGGAAUGUGGAAGGUGGAGUAGCGACGGGACAUUAUAUCAUCUCCUGGAAGAGGACCUCGGCCAUGGACGGCAUCCCCGUCAUCAGCACCGUCAUCACCCUGCCACAUGUGGUCGUGGAGAACAUUCCUCUGCAUGUUAACGCAGAUCUGCCAUCAUUUGGACGUGUCAGAGAAUCAUUACCCGUCAGGUACCACCUGCAGAAUAAGACUAACUUGGUUCAAGACGUGGAGAUUUCCGUGGAGCCCAGUGACGCCUUCAUGUUCUCAGGUCUUAAACAGAUUCGGUUACGUAUCCUACCUGGCACCGAACAGGAAAUGUUAUACAACUUCUAUCCUCUCAUGGCUGGAUACCAGCAGCUGCCAUCUCUCAACAUCAGCUUGCUGAGAUUUCCUAACUUCACAAACCAGCUGCUCAGGCGUUUCAUACCUACCAGUAUUUUUGUAAAGCCACAGGGCCGGCUCGUGGACGAUGCUUCCAUUGCGGCCGCGUGAGGUGCAAGAUGGCCCUCGGCUGCUCUCACAGGGAUGUCGAACAGAGUUCUCUACGUUUUCAUUCCGAACUGUAGCGUUGAUCGUGGUAAAAGUGAAUCUUCUCUAUUUUUUAAUGGACGUUAUACCAACUAUUCAGAGGAACUCAUGCACAAAGUAUUAGGAAAGUCUAUCCUCUGCUAUAGUUUCACUAAUAAAUAUUUGAAAUCUGUCAGUGCGACGUGAAAAGUUGUCACACCAGUGUUGUUGAAAGUCAUUUUGUGAAUAGUAAAUUAUUUUCAAAGUAAGUGAUUUGCAUGUGCGACGACAGAGGAAAAUCAAGCAUCCAGAUGUGAGUGGACGGGGAGAGGGAAAUGCACUGGGAUCGGCCUGGUGACCUUCUCAGUUCCCCGGAGUCCCUGUGGGGUGGGCUACACUGGAGGUGACCCAUCCUCACAAAUUCAGUGUGUUCCCAUAACACAGACUCGGAACUUGUAAGCAAUUGCAUGACUGAUCCAGAAAACUUCCCGAAAGCUGUAAUCGGAGUCGUCUAAGUCGUCCGAACGUGACUUCGCUCACCAUCAAAUCACGUCAGAUAGGAUCAGCUCCCCGCCAAAGUGUGGCUCAUGUGUGAGCAGGCGUGUGUCUGUGUUAUCGAGAUCCUUAUCUGUGAGGGCCCAGACUGCAGGGACCUGAUGAUCAGCAUAAUUCCCCAAACGGCAGGGUUUUGAAAAUGAUACAAGUCUGAAUAAGAGCUCUUUGUUGUGCAGUUUGAAAAUUCAUGUAAAUAAAGAUCACAUUGUGAAAAUUUUCUUUGUUUAAAUAUCUUAAUUUAAAACUACCUGAUUUCCUGGAAAUGUUUGUUAUUUAAACAUGCAGUUGUAAAAAGGAAUGGUGUAAAUAAACAUGUUCUCUUUCAAUGC